CUCUUCAUUAGCCAAGACAGAAAUACUAUGCCUCUCACUAAUUAGACAAGAGUUUUCUUAAUGGCAGUGCUAUUUGUUUCCUCCUUUGUUUGAAUCAUCACCUACUUACACAACAAACUAGUAAUUAACAACAAUUUGUGAGUCUGUGCUGACUGAAUGAACAAGAAAUUAUGGCAUUCACUUUGACCACCCUUCCAACGCCCAAUGUGUCUGUGACGUCCUUCACCCGACGCACCGUCUCCAACUCCAAACCAACCCUUUCAUGCACCCUCUCUUCCCACCCUUUUAAGAGAGAGUACACGAGCGUGAUGAUAGUGCCGACGGGGAUUGGCGCCGCUAUUGGAGGAUAUGCCGGUGACGCUUUGCCUGUGGCUCGCGCACUCUCCUCCGUCGUUGAUUGCCUUAUCUCUCACCCUAACGUGCUUAAUGCAGCAAUGCUAUACUGGCCAAUGCCUAAUGCAUUAUAUGUGGAAGGUUAUGCUCUUGACCGUUUUGCAGAAGGGUUAUGGGCAUUACAGCCUGUUCACCAAAACAGGGUGGGCUUAGUUCUUGAUGCAGGAAUAGAGGAUGAGCUCCGGAUUCGACAGUUACAAGUAGCUGAUGCUGCAAGGGCUUCCCUUGGAUUGCCUGUUGUGGAAUACAUUGUCACAGACAUCCCGCUGAAGGUAGAGAAGUGGGUUGAUCCAGAAACGGGCCAAUCAACUGGGAGGAUUAAGCACCCUGAUUCUUUACUUAGAGCUGUGCAUACUUUACUCAGCAGGUCAAAAGUGAAUGCCAUUGCUGUUGUUGGACGUUUCCCAGAUGAUGACACUGAUGAUGUAGAUGACUAUCGGCAGGGAAUGGGAAUAGACUUAUUGGCGGGAGUUGAGGCAGUUAUAAGUCAUCUAGUGGUGAAGGAGUUCCAAAUUCCUUGUGCACAUGCUCCUGCAAUGUCUCCACUUCCCAUGAGCCUAUCUCUUAGUCCAAAAUCAGCAGCUGAGGAGAUUGGGUAUACCUUCCUACCAUGUGUGCUUGCUGGCCUGAGUAAUGCUCCACAAUACUUGGUCAUGGACUCCAAAUGCUUGGAAAAAGGUUGCAUAUUGGCAAGUGAUGUGGAUUCUGUAAUCCUUCCCAAAGAUGCUUGUGGAGGGGAUGCAUCUCUUGCUUUUGCUAGAAAUAAAAACAAAAAGCCACUUAUAAUUACUGUGGAAGAAAAUCAAACUGUUCUUGAUGACACUGCAGAUAAAUUUGGUCUUGAAGUGCUGCAUGUAUCAAAUUAUUGGGAGGCUAUUGGAGUGAUUGCAGCUCACAAGGCAGGGAUAGAUCCAUUUUCACUUAGACGAGAUAAAAUUCUCAACAUUGGGUGCAGUUCUUUUAUGCCCAUCAAUGGUCACUCCAUUCCAAGAGAAAGAGUUGUUUCAUGAUUAACAUUUGGUCUAGAGUCUAGACUACAGGUAUCCCUUAUGGGAAACAAUUUUGUUUGAGUCAGAGGACUUAGCAUUCACAAUGUGAUAGGGCUAACAUUCCCAGUGAAGAUAUUUAACCAUUGGAGGGAAUAGUGUAUUUGGAUUGUCUUCUAGGCUUAUAGCCAGACAUGUAUUUGAUUCUAAUAUAUUUUUGGUCCUUAUAAUUUUCCUAUACUAUGGUUUUGGUCCCUAUA